AUGUCGUUCUACCGUCAGGAUUCGAAAACACCAUACGACCCAGCUAGGGUUCUAGACAGAACUCCAAGAAGAGCUAGGCAUUCCAGAAAGAACAGCUUACUAUUCCUGGACCCUCCACCUAUUCCCACAUUGGCGCACCGAUCCUCAGAGAAUCACAUGAGAGCCUGCAGUCUCCCAUUGAACCAGAUUUCUCCUUAUGGGCUCCCACUGCCUGCUUCUCAGACAACGACUGUACGCCGUAUGUGCAGCAUGCUCGAUGUGGAUAUCCCGACUGCAGACGAGCAACAUAGCAACCCUCAACGCGAUGAAUGGGUUCCAUAUCAGCCUGAGGAGCACCGUGGACCGGGCCCCAACAGCAGAAUUCCGUCCGAGAGUUCUAGUGAUGGAACCAGCUUACGAUUGCUAUGGAGUCAGGAUCUUCCUCAAACACCUACCUGCGCAUCAUAUUCUCCAGGCGCCGAGUCCCCCGCGCUGCCUCCUUCGGCUUCGCCCGCCAACGUUCCUUCUCAGCCACCUCCCGCUGCUGACAACAGGAACAUUGUCCGAAGAAAGCUCACGGGUUAUGUCGGCUUUGCCAACCUGCCCAACCAAUGGCACCGAAAGAGUGUGCGCAAGGGUUUCAACUUCAACGUCAUGGUUGUUGGUGAAUCUGGCCUUGGCAAGUCUACACUAGUCAACACUCUCUUCAACACCUCUCUCUACCCCCCCAAGGAGCGCAAGGGCCCUAGCCUCGACAUUAUUCCCAAGACCGUUACCAUCCAGUCCAUCAGCGCCGACAUUGAGGAGGCUGGUGUCCGUCUCCGCCUCACUGUUGUCGACACUCCUGGUUUCGGUGACUUCGUCAACAACGAUGAGUCCUGGCGCCCCAUUGUCGACAACAUUGAGCAGCGAUUCGACUCUUACCUGGAUGCCGAGAACAAGGUCAACCGCAUGAACAUCGUCGACAACCGAAUCCAUGCUUGUGUUUUCUUCAUUCAGCCUACUGGUCACUCUCUUAAGCCUCUCGACAUUGAGGUCAUGCGCCGCCUUCACACCAAGGUUAACCUGAUCCCCGUCAUUGCCAAGGCUGAUACCCUUACCGAUGAGGAGAUCGCUGCUUUCAAGUCACGAAUCCUCGCCGAUAUCAAGCACCACGGUAUCCAGAUCUUCGAGGGUCCUCGAUACGAGCUCGACGAUGAGGAGACAAUCGCCGAGAACAACGAGAUCAUGUCCAAGGUUCCUUUCGCUGUCGUUGGCGCCAACAACGAGAUCACCAGCGCCGAUGGUCGCAAGAUCCGCGGUCGUGCCUACCCUUGGGGUAUCAUCGAGGUCGACAACGAGGAGCACUGUGACUUCGUUAAGCUUCGUCAAAUGCUCAUCCGAACCCACAUGGAGGAGCUCAAGGAGCACACCAACAACCAGCUCUACGAGAACUACCGUACCGACAAGUUGCUCGCCAUGGGUGUGUCUCAAGACCCCAGCGUAUUCAAGGAGGUCAACCCUGCUGUGAAGCAGGAGGAGGAGCGUGCCCUGCACGAGCAGAAGCUUGCCAAGAUGGAGGCCGAGAUGAAGAUGGUCUUCCAGCAAAAGGUGGCAGAAAAGGAGAGCAAGCUGAAGCAGUCCGAAGAGGAACUGUACGCCCGACACAAGGAGAUGAAGGAGCAGCUCGACCGCCAACGACUCGAGCUCGAAGACAAGAAGCAACGCGUCGAGAGCGGACGACCCAUAGAGAAGGAGGGCAAGCGAAAGGGUUUCUCUCUUCGCUAA